ACGGAGAGAAUAAAAUGCUGCGAAACUAGAGUCUCGUCUAGAGCUAGUCCAGAUCUUUUUUUGUUUAUUUGAUUUUAUUUCUCACAAAAGUGACAAACGACUCAAACGUUGUUGUGAAUUACUAGAUCUAUCAUCUUAGACUUAGACUUAACAGAUUCCAAAGAUGUCUACUGCAUUUGUUCCACCCCAUCAAAAGCCAGCAAACCCUCCUCCAACACAGGCUACUAUUCAGAAGAUGCUGGAUGAGAAUACACAGUUGAUACAGACUAUCAGUGACUAUCAAAUGAAGGGGAAAAGUACAGAAUGUAUUCAAUAUCAGCAGAUACUUCACAGAAAUCUGGUUUACCUUGCAAACCUUGCUGACUCCAGUACUAAUGUUCAUAUACUCCUGCCUGCUCCUGGAAAUCAGGUGGGACCUGGACCAAUGAAUCAGAUGAGAGGACCUUCUCCUGCUGGACAUAUGGCUAGUGGACCCAUGGGAAAUCCUGGCUAUGGUCAGCCUCAAGGAAAUUUCCCCAUGCAGAAGCAGAAUUUAAUGGGUCAACAGCCACAGCAAAAUAUGAUGCAGCAAAACCAAGGUAUGAUGUCACAGAGCCAACCAAUGAUGUCUCAGAAUCAGCCAAUGAUGUCACAAAAUCAAUCCAUGAUGACACCGAAUCAGCCUUUGUCACAAAGUGGUAUGGGGCAGAUGUCUCAGAGUGGAAUGGGACAGACUAGCAAUCCCAUGAUGUCACAAGGCCAGCCAAUGAUGUCACAAGGUCAGCCUAUGAUUUCGCAAGGCCAACCAAUGAUGUCGCCGCAACAAUCAGGCAUGUCACAAAAUCAGCCUAUGAUGCAGCAGCAGCAGCAACAACACCAAGGAAGCAUGAGCCAGAACUCUUCUCAAAUGAUGAUGACAGGCACACCAAACCAAAUGAUAGCAAGUCGUCCGAUGGGCCAGCAGGGAGGUUAUCGACGUGCUCAGCCAGGUCCACAAUUUAAUAAUCAGCAAAAUUAUAACCAGCAGCAGUUUGGAGGUCAACAACAACAACCACAAGGCCAAGGACAACAGUUUGGAGGCCAACCACAGCAACAAGGUCAAGGGCAGCAGUUUGGAAGUCAACAACAGCCACAAACUCAAGGGCAGCAGUUUGGAGGUCAACCACAGCCACAAACUCAAGGGCAGCAGUUUGGAGGUCAACCACAGCCACAAACUCAAGGACAGCCAUUUGGAGGUCAACAACAGCAAGUUCAAGGGCAGCAGUUUGGAGGUCAACAGCAACCACAAGCUCAAGGGCAACAAGCAGCCUAUUCUCAACCUGGUCCACAGGGCUCUGUCCCAUUAUCAGGGCCUCAACAGGGGCAGUUCCCUGUAGGUCAGCAGAAUAAUCCUAGAGGAUAUGCUCCUUACCGUCCAACGGGUAUUGGGGGGCCUGGAGGAAUGAUAGGACAACAACCAAGUGGACAGCCUGGGACUCCACCGAUGGGACAGGGAAAUAUGUCAGGCCCCAUGGGUCAGGGUCCUAUGGGUGGCCCAUUACAACAUGGUGAUAUGGGCCAGAAACCUAUAAAUGUCCCACAAGGGAAUCAAAUGGUUGGUCAAGGAAACAUGUCUAAUCAGAUGGGCAUGCAGGGUCCAAUUGGAGGCCCCCAGGUAGCAAUGAGCAAUCAGAUGGGAGGCCAGACAUCCAACAUGUCUAAUCAAAUUGGUGGUCCGGGUAACAUGCCAUUAGGAGGACAAGGCCCCAUGAAUCCUAUGGGAGGCAACCUGAUGCAAGGUGGUCCCCAAAAUAACAUGUCAGGUCAAAUGGGUGGACCCCAGGGUAAUAUGAUGAGUUCAAUGGGUGGUCCCCAAGGCAACAUGGCUAAUUCUAUGGGUGGUCCCCAAGGAAACAUGCCUAAUUCAAUGGGUGGUCCACAAGGAAACAUGCCUAAUUCAAUGGGUGGUCCACAAGGAAACAUGCCUAAUUCAAUGGGUGGUCCACAAGGAAACAUGCCCAAUUCAAUGGGGGGACCACAGGGAAACAUGCCCAAUUCAAUGGGGGGACCACAGGGAAACAUGCCUAAUUCAAUGGGUGGACCCCAAGGAAACCUGCCUAAUGCAAUGGGUGGUCCUCAAGGAAACAUGCCUAAUGCAAUGGGUGGACCCCAAGGUAAUAUGCCAAAUCAGAUGGGUGGACCACAACCUAACACAAAUCAAAAUCAGAUGAAUCAGCCAAACAACAUGGGUCAAAGUUCAUUACAGGGCAGCUAUGGUGGUUACAACCAAGGUCAAUAUUAACCCUAUAGUUACUUGUUUUAGUUUGAUUACAAAACAAUCUUUUCUACUCUUUGACAUCCAAGUGUUGUGUACUCGUAUUGAUCACACAAUGUAAAAUAUGGGACACACAAAAAACGCUAGCAGCAAUUUAACCUAAUGGCGCCUAUUUUAUUUUGAAAAAAAAAAAUUUAAUUUGCCUAUCUAGGUAGAGAUAACUCUUAAUUUUAUUUUUUAAAAAAAGAAGAAAAAAUUUAACCUAAAAAAAAAUAGUAAAAUGUGAUACCGAACAUUUAUCAAUAAGCAACUUUAAAAUAUAGAAAAAAAAAUAAAUGUACUUUUAAUACCUUUAAUAUAAAGGCAAGGUAAAAAAAAUAAUCAAUUUCCUAGGUGGGGCUUGUACACUAGGGCUAUGGGUCUGUUAAUUUCUUAAAGUAAUAAAAUAGUGAAACAUAUCCAGUUUUCACUAAACGAGAUAUGUUGAGUUCUUUUAAAAGGAAAGUUUAAAAAUAAUAACAAUAGCAUCCCAACACACCCUCCCCCAUUUGGCUAAUUCCGUCGGCAAUAGGUGCUACUGGGUUAAACAUGUGAAAGUAUUUUAUUGCUAGAUUAAGAAAAGAAAUUGAAAAACAUUUUAAGUUCUGCUGUAGAACCUGUAUGUUAUUUAGGAUAAUUGAAGUUAUUCCUAUUUUAUUUUAUGUCUGCUAGCUGUCCGUUUGUCAAUUCUAAUUUUUUUAUGUUACAGUUGUCAAUAAAGUAAUCAGCAAAACAAGAUACGAACUUUGAGGUGUUUGCCAAAAAUCUUUUUUUCAUGCCUUUUUUUUUUCUUUAAAAAACAUAAUUUGAAUCAUUACUUACUGCCAGAGUAAUUCCCCCUCCACUAAUCAUUUUGUCUAUUUACCAGUCUCCAAACAAACAAAGAAAAUUUUUCAGACUUUACAUGUACAUAGAGAUGUACAUAAAUGAACAAAUGUGCUUAGUGUUGUCUAAAAUUGGAUUGAUUUGUUUUUCAUAGUGCUAGAUUCCUUGAAUUUAAGCCUCUAUUUAAUAUGUACACUUAAGUUACAAAUGAAUAUACCUAGGAUAUACUCUUCUUUUUCAAAAGAAAUGUUAGACAAUGUUAAUCAUAGAUAUGUGUUGGACAUAUACACCUUUUUUUUUUUGAAGAAGUGAUGUAAUUAAGAUAUUAUUCACAUUACCAAGUACAAAAUAAGUUUGUAUUUUUUUUUUGCCAGUUAAAAAAAAGAAUAGGCCUAGAUAUCUAGGUACUAUAUGCGGAAAUUGUGUUUCUACAUCAAUUGGUCUGGGUUUGUGUGUGUGUGUGUGCAAUUUGGUUAACUCAUCAUUGAAUUAUUUUUUUGUGCAUUAGUGCAUCACUAAUAGGGAUUUCAGAUACAGAUAUCUUCAAAUCAUAUGAACCUGAUAUGGAGACAGAAGUUACUGUAUAAAUAUUUUCUGAACAGUGGCAUUGUCAUUACACUAAUUUUAAUUUUGGGUUGUUGAAGAAUCGUUGAGAGAUGAAAGUACAAUUUGUCAUUGCACUAAGUUUAAUUUUGUGUUGUUGUGGAAUGGUUGAGAGAUGAAAGAACAAUUUGUCAUUACACUAAUUUUAAUUUUGGGUUGUUGAAGAAUCGUUGAGAGAUGAAAGUACAAUUGGUCAUUGCACUAAGUUUAAUUUUGGGUUGUUGUGGAAUGGUUGAGAGAUGAAAGAACAAUUUGUCAUUACACUAAGUUUAAUUUUGGGUUGUUGAGGAAUGGUUGAGAGAUGAAAGUACAAUUUGUCAUUACACUAAGUUUAAUUUUGGGUUGUUGAGGAAUGGUUGAGAAAUAAAAGUACAAUUUGUCAUUACACUAAGUUUAAUUUUGUGUUGUUGAGGAAUGGUUGAGAAAUGAAAGAAGAAUUUGUCUUUGCUUGAUUUUAGUUUGUGUUGUUGAGGAAUGGUUGAGAAAUGAAAGAACAAUUUGUCAUUGCUUGAUUUUAUUUUGUGUUGUUGAGGGUUCAGAAAGAACAAAUUUCAUUACCUAAGCUUAGUUUGUGUUGUCGAGGGUUCAAAAAGAAAAAAAGUCUGUGAGCGCAAGAAUUACUAAACUUUUUAGUAUUUGUUUAGCAAGGAAUGUAGUCAUGCCAUUACUGUAAAGAUUUUUUUUAUUUCUAACAUAACUGUUUUGUUUUAGAAUUUUGUUUACCCAAACAAAUGAAGGAUGAAAAUCAUUUAUCCAAGAUCAAAUUCUUUACAUUAAAAAAAUAAGACAAGAUGACUUUUCAAACAAGUUGCUUCCUGUUGGAAUAAGAUGGCUAAUACAUUUCAUUAUAUUCAUUUUUUUCUUUGUAGUUAAUUAGCUAAUUAGCUUAUAUUUUGAAGUUGUAUCAAGGCAUGGCAUUUGAAAUGAUAAUGACAUUUGAAAAAUUUACUUGUGUAAAAUACUCUUCAUUGUGUGCACAUGAUGAGCAUCAAUGAAGACUUAACAAAAAUGUACUGCCAAUGAAUGAGUUGCAUUAAACUUACUAACAGCUAUCUCCUCAUGUUUCUUUUUGUUAAGUCUCAAUUUGUAGUAUUUGUAAAUGAAAUGUCAAGAGACACACAAUGUUUUCAUAUGUUUAUUCUAUCUACAUUGUACACAAUAAUAAAUAUAGUUAUCAAAUGUCUAGACAUUGUUUGAGACUGAAUAAAAAAAGAUUUAUCGCAUGAUCAUGGACCAACAUUGUUUCAAAAUAUUUCUUGCGGCCUGUCCAGUUUCAGAAAUAAAAUAAAAUUCUUUGCUCACAA